AAUUGGACACAGCCCUCCUCCUGCCUACACCCCAAUGUCAGGAAAUCAGUUUAUCUACAGAGAUGGAAGUUUGUCUACGGAACAAGGCGUCCCUUUGCCAUACAGAACUGCCAUACCAGGCAUAGCUCCAGAAGCUUCCAUCAGGCAAGGAGGUGCUGAGAUCUGUGACGACACUUGCUGCAAUGGUACUCUACGGAAACAAGUGGCAAGUCUUUCACAAGAGGACAGUGUCACUCAGAGGUAUAGCGCUGACCCGACAGUUUUUAUCCCAGAGCGAGGGCCAAGAACCGAGCUGGAUGAAGAAGGCUAUAUGACUCCAAUGCCAGAAAAGGGCAAAACAGAUCACCUGAAUCCAGUAGAGGAGAAUCCAUUUGUUUCUCGGUGGAAGAAUGGUGAUCUUCAAGCUCUGGACAACCCAGAUUAUCACAACAGCCAAACUGGGCAGCCCAAAGCCGAGGAUGAAUAUGUGAGUGAGCCCCUGUACCUCAACACCUUCGCAAGCACCUUUGAAAACGCAGAGUACCUGAAGAAAAAUGGGCUUCCGUUGCCAGAAAAGCCCAAAAGGGCAUUUGAUAACCCAGGUUAUUGGAAUCACAGCCUGCCUCCGCGAAGUACCCUCCAGCAUCCGGACUACCUUCAGGAAUACAGCACAAAAUAUUUUUACAAACAAAACGGAAGGAUCCGGCCCACUGUGGCCGAGAACCCCGAAUACCUCUCAGAGUUCUCUCUGAAGCCUGGCAUGAUGCUGCCCCCGCCACCCUACAGACACCGAAACACCGUAGUGUAAUCCCAGGGAGAAAUGGGGAAACCAUACCAGCACUCUCCUUCUCUCUCCUUCUUCCCCCUGCCCCUUUUCUCCUCCUACCCCCCCUUUUCUUACUUUCUCUUUCUCAAAUCUUCCCUCCAUUUGAUGUCCGCAAAGAGAAGGGACUCAUUUCAGUCAAUGAUUCCAGGAAUUUAGGAAGAAACAAAAAGGGGGGGGAAAGUCUGGAUUUUCUUCCUUUCCAAGCCCUUCUUUUGGAGGAAGAAAAGAUCAGAACAGCCACGCACGCUAGGAACAGCCCCUGAAGUGGUUGCCUGCUGUCGGGCUGGUCUUCUCGUAGGGAUCCAGCUGGGGGGCUGCCAAGAAAGUCACCCAGGUCAGUUUCUAUCAGCAGGAAGUGCCAGAGCCCCUGAAGCAUUCCCACAGAAAGCAAGGCAGUUUCAAAAGGUGGAAAGGGGUAGAAAAAGACAAUUUUUAUACCACAGGUAAUGACCUAUUGACUGAGAUUGAAAGGCCAAUUUCUUUAACCUUUUUUUAAUUCUGCCCCCUAAUCAAAAUGUCUAAUCCAGCUUGCUUGUGGCCAGUUGCUCUCUCUACUUUUCCAAAGCAGAGACCUCAUUCAUUCUUGUUCUGGUGCAUGAAAUUACAGGUGGCUACAAGACAAAAAUUGUAUCAGGACACACACACACACACACACAAACUAGUGUGGGCUUUUUGAGGGCACAGUGCCAAUGAAUACUGAAUAUUUAUAUAAAGAGAGUCUCCUGUUCAUGUUUUAUACACAUUGAAUGCAACGUGUAAUAAUUCUCCCCUCCAUUUCUUUAUUGAUCAUUAUAUAGCACUAGAAGGAAGAAUAACACUGGAUUUUUAAACACUUUUAACAUUUUUAAGGCAGGGUUAGGAGGGAAGAUGGAAAAAGAAAAAAAAAACAAGGACAGGUAAAACACACUCGGGAAAUCACUGGAAAAUUAAUUUGCACUUAAACUUUUCUUUUUCAUUCUCUUUAUAUUUUCUCCUUACUCUGAACUUUAUUCUGGAAUCUGAAUAAAGCAAUAUGGAAGUGACCAGCAAAAUAAAAUAAUUUAAAAUGUAAAAUGAAUAGUAAUAUAAAUAUAUAUAUUAUAUCUAUACAUGAAAGGUGACUCUGGAAUUGCCAAAACAAAGUGAAAGUCAAGCUUUUGGAACUUCAUUCAUCGGUGCAACUACUACUCACGGGAAUAAUAUUGAAGUACCAACUUUGGCUCUUACAAGAAAAGGAGCACAUUUGAAGGGAACUCUGAAGGUAAAAGGGGGGAAAAGGACUGAUUUGAGCUCCCCAGUGAAGACUAUUAUGAGACUGUUAUUGAGAGCUUUUGUUCUAGCACAAAGAAGAAACACUAAACAAGAACUUAAACAAAUGAAGGGUGUUUGUGGCUGUUAUAUUCUCAAAUGAAAUCCGUAAGUAAUCUCCCAGCAUUUGCUCAUUUAUUUUUUACUUUUAGCUUUUACAUGUUGAUUUAAAGAAAUAGAGUUGGUUCCUUGAAAUUGUAGCAUUGAAAGGCACAAGAAUAGAAAAAGAAUCACCUCCAUUCUCCUAUCUUAAUAUAUUUGGAAUGCACUUUUAGGAGGAAUCCGUUACUUUAGUGUGUACAAUCUGCUAUUUAUUCAUUUCAAAGCAGAAAAUAAAAGGUAGAACAACAGAGAAUCAGUGUAGAAAUAAGAUUUGUACUUAACUCUGAUGGACAAAAUUUAAGGAGUGCAACAAGAUAAGGGUCUGUCUUCAGAAAUACAAAGAAGCAUAUUAAGAAACCCUUGCAAGAGGUAGAGUUUAAACUUACUUAUUUAAUAGCUGAUGGAUAUAAAAGCUGAUACGCUUAAAUAGCAGGUCAUUACUCAUUCAUUCGGUAUGCUGUAUAAAAGGAAUGUUAUUUUGGGAUUCAGCAAAGAAAAAACACAUCCCAUGAGGUUAUCAGCGACAGAAUGGUUUUACUGGAGAUUAAGGCAGGAACCAAAGCAUGGCGUGGACAGAUCUUACAGAGCCAAUGGUUAGGAUGCCCACAGCUGUGACCAGAAAGGACCCAAACAGGAAAUUUAGAUAAAAAAGAACCAAACCAUCAAAUCGUGCAACCCCCAAAUCCAUUUUCCAAUGUAAUUUAGAAAGCAGAUAAUUAAUUACUCUGUCCAUGAUCAGUCUAGACCAGUGUUUCUCAACCUUGGCGACUUUAAGUCCUGUGGACUUCAACUCCCAGAAUCCCCCAGCCAGCACAGCUGAUGUUAAUGACAGAUGUUAAUGACAUUUAGAAAAGUAUUUGAACUUAGCGUCCUAAAACGAGCUUUCUGAUUUUAUAUGGAUAUUUUUCUUCAGAUAAGCAGUUUAUUUUUCUUCAACCUGCAGCUUGUUGGAUAGCCCCAAAAUUCUCAAACUAAACUGCACAUAUUCUGCAGGCAUCCACAGAAAAAGUAUAAAACAGCAAAUAAUUUCUCUGCUGAAAUAUGCACAACAGUUUCCUUUUUUUCCUUCUUCCUAUUUAAUAUGAAAUGAAAUGUUGAUGAGGGCCAGAUUAUAAGUCUCCACUGUUAACUAUGAGGAUGCCAAAAUGGUAAAAACAAGAAUUAUGAUAACAUGACGUAAAUUUUAUUUUUUUUCCUACACAUUUAUUGCAGUGUUGUACACAACACUGGGGUGGUUCGCAUCAGAAUAUUGCAACAUAUAUUCUUCCAAGUGUCCCACUUCUUGCAGACAUUCACGCCCCUGCUUCAAACCUUGAUUUUAAAAUUAAAUUAACACUGCGGCCUUCUAAUUCUUCCUUAAAAGUUUAAUAGUUAAUAUGAUCUUUCCGGCUCAGUGAAUUUGCUUUUGUUGCAAAAAGGGAAAGCAGUUAAAAUGUAAGUCAUAGAUAUGCUUUUAUUUUAAAAGAGAAAAGAGUGGUCUUAAAAAUCAGGAAUAUUUGAAAAUCAUUGCUUUAUCUUCUGUAGCUAUCUUCAUUCGAAGAGCUUGUGUCUUCUAGUUGCCUGACUUACAUUUAUAAUCAGCCAUAGCUUUGUAACCAAUAUUUAUUAAGGGCACAGUAUGGGACCUAGUGUGUGAGCUUUGGAUGUUGUAGUCCAGAUGCCUAAAUUAUUGAUUCUUCCAUGUUGAUAGCUUGCUAAACGUUACAAUUAGCAGUAGCUUCCAUUCUUCUCAAAAGUUAUUGCUCCCUACCUAUGUACAGAACUUGCCAGAAGGAGCCAUGAAACUUCAACACUUCUAAUUUUCCAAAAAAAUAGCCAUUAACUGGCACAUUUCUGUGUCCUGCAUAUAAGCCCUUAAGAGUUUCCUGUGUAAAUUGCAGCUCCCUUGAUUCUAGAAGAGAGACUGGCGUGUCAGACUCCUUCUUAUUCCACAGAGCCAAACCUUAGAACAAACUUGUCUUCCAUUACAAUACAGGACCACUUAUUUCAACAUGUUUUUUAUGAAUGGAUAGCUUUUUUUUUAUGAAUGAAUUUGAAAGGAAGGUAAUCUUUUCCUGCUACAUUUCAUGCAAAUGCAGCUCAUUAUAUACACAGUUUCUUUUCAACAACCCCACAUUUAAUAGUUAUGGGGUGGUAUUUUAAAAACUCAGUAAUUAAGUAAAUAAAUCAAACUAAUUAUAUUGCAAAUUUCUCCAUGCAGUAAUUAGGACAUCAUUGGGCCAAUGUUAAGGCAUGUUUCUCUCUGUCCUUCAUCAUAAAGACUAGGCAGUGGAUCCCAACUUCAUAAUACUAGCUUUAUUUUCUCAUGUCAAAUAUUGGACUGUAUAGUAAUAGAUGUUAAAAUUCAGGAUUACUGUUUUUCUUCUUUAGAAUUUUAGAAUGAAAGUGUUUGAAUCAGAUGGAUAGCAUAAAAUUUUAGUUUUUCCAACCAAUAGUUAAUUCAAAAUCUCACAGUAGCCGUAGCUGUGAAACUGUGGUUAUCAUUGAUCUUUAAAGUAUUGUCUAAACUAUAAAAAAUAAUAUCCUAAAUGACAGUACAAAAAAAAUCAGUUGAAAAAUGAACUAAAUGUACUACUGGCCAGGGUUAAUAUCGGCAAAUAUCUCGGUGAAAUCUAUUUGUGUAAUUUACAUAAUUCUCUUUUGUCAUAUGAGGCAUGUAAUUAGUACACAUUGGUAAUAAGGAAGGCCACCAUACCACAACUUCCUGCUGGUUCAAGAUUGAUGUACAACUUGUUCGAUUUCAUACUGUCAGAUUGUUAGAGGUUUGAGACGGUAUUGUCAUGGCCGAGGCACCUGGAAUUUAGUUGAAGCUACUUUUAAUUGCUGUUUGAGAAUCCUGUUUUCCCAAUGGAAGGGACCCUUGUUUCAUCCCACUUCCUCCUAGCAACAGUAGCCAUAUCUCACCUUCUAUUGCAUUGGCAAUAAAUAUUUCCCCUGGAAGGAAGAAGGAAUGGUAUAAAAGUCAACCAUUCUGAGCAAUCUCCCUUUGCUUUUGCAACAGCAAUCCUAAUGCAUCCUUCAGCUCCAGGGAUUAAAUCCUGGGCCUCUGUGAAGGAAAGUCCCAGCACUCUGCUAUAAUGCUAAGUCUGCUUUGCAGCAGCCAUUGGAAACUGACUGAAUGUAGCAUGUGACUAUAAUUACAACAUUCCUUACAUCAGUGGUUCCCAAACUUGGCAACUUUAAGACUUGUGGACUUCAACUCUCAGAAUUCUCCAGCCAGCUCUG